AUGGCAGUCAUGUCUGACUUACCUCCUACGCAGGAAGUUGGAGACCUAUCUACUCAAGAUAUCAAUUCGCAGCCCGUCAGUCAGAUUUGGGGUGGACUUUUUCCUCUCAAGAGGAAGAUUCCGCAUCUUGCUAUGUCAAAGGAGUCUUACACUGUCGGUAGAGAAGGAAGUUGUGACAUUGUUCUUACGCCUGAGAUGUUUACUACCGGGCCGUUCUUGAGUGCUGUCAGUAAAGUUCAUUUUCGAAUCGCCAGAUUUGUCCAAGGUUUUUUGUUCACUGACCGGCUGUCAAGUGACUACCCCGAGGAAGUGUCCUCGAAGUAUACCAUUUGCAGGUCCCUUGGAAGGGGCGCAUGUGGUGAAGUUCGCGUUGCUUACGCGAGGGAAACUUGUAUCCAGUAUGCAAUGAAAAUUGUCCCCAAAAGGACGCUAUCUUCGCACGGUUCCCGUUUUGGUAACCGUGAAUUGACGGAAGUUGAAAUUUUAAAGAAGUUGAACCAUCCAUGCAUUGUAAAGAUACAUGAUGUUAUUGAAACCGAAGACACUCUCUUUAUUGUCCUCGAGUUAGUUGAAGGUGGUGAGUUGUUUGAUCGAAUUCUCAAUAGUGGUCAUUUGUCGGAAGACGACUCCAAAUUCUUCUUUUUACAAAUUCUAAUGGCAACGAAGUAUCUGCAUGAUAAUGGUAUAACUCACCGAGACUUGAAACCUGAGAACAUAUUGCUUACUGGAAAAUCAAACAGAUGUCUCAUCAAGAUUACCGAUUUUGGUCUAUCGAAAAUCGUCAAUGACAAUACAAUGCUGCGAACUUUUUGUGGAACUCCUACCUACUUGGCACCUGAGGUUUUACUGACUGCUGGUAAUGGUACCUACACUUCAUCCAUUGACGUCUGGUCUCUGGGGGUCAUUUUAUACGUAUGCCUUGUGGGUUAUCCUCCAUUUACUGAUGAGCGAAAGGAUUACGAUCUGAAAACGCAAAUUACCAAUGGACUUUACGAUUUUCCUGAUGUUUACUGGAAGGGGGUGAGUGAGUCUGCAAAGGACCUAGUUAGAAGGCUUAUGUGUGUUAAUCCCACCGAACGCAUCACGCUAGAGGAGGCACUGCUUCAUCCGUGGUUAGCUGAUCAGACAAUACGUGAUCAACUGGCCGAUCUCAUGAAAACCGCUGGUUUCCUCGACCUUGUGGAUGGUGUUUUGGAUGCGCAUAAUCUCGUCUCCUGCGUGAGGCGCGAUAGGUCUUCGACGCCCGUUAAGUUGGAUGAGAACGAUAAAGGAGCAGAUGAAGGUGAAAGCAACGACACCGUUUCAACCCUCAGGAACUCGUCCGCUUCACGAAAGAGGUCUAUUGAAGCAAUGACAGAUGAGGGCUGUCAAUCUCAACUCAAGAAAUCUGCAUUUUGA